UGGCGCCUGAGGAGGGGGUGCUCGACCAUGGCUGCUGCUGGGGAUGCAUCAGCCAUGUAUCUUACUCUCUGGCUGUAGGUGAGCUCGUCCCCUCCUGGCCUCCUCCUCUCUGCUCGUAGGUGACCAACACCGAGGGGCUUCCUCUCGUGUACAGCCCCGAGAUCAUUUCGGCCUACUGGGGCAAACGCCCAGGCCCCGUCGCCACCCGAGCGGUGAAGCUCUUGUCCGUGGCCGGUGGUUUCAUCUCCCACAUCAUAUCAGACCUCAUCACCGACAAAAUCAAGGAGAGCAAAGUGGCGCGCGCAAUCGAGAUGAGAGAGAUUGUCAUGUCUCUGGGCCCUACCUACGUCAAGCUCAGCCAGGCGCCGAGCAUCCGACCCGAUAUUCUGUCCCCUGCGGCGAUGACCAAGCUUCAGAAGCUAUGUGACAAGGUUCCUUCGUUCCCUAACGAUAUCACGAUGGCUCUCCUGGAAGAAGAGAAUUGUCUCCCUCCCGAUUGCUGCAGGUUGCGGAUUGGUGCUGUUGGCCUCAACAGGGCACCUUGCACUACCCGUGUAAGUGCGUUUGAGAAGGCAGUGAGGUUGUUCACGGAAAAGCCGACGGAUAAUGUAAUCACUCUAGUGCUGGAAACGGUGAGGAUCACAAGGUGAAGAUGAGGUGCUGGUAUGGUCAUGGUAAGAGAUCCUCCUCCACGCCUCAUGGGAUGCAAUAUCAUGCUUGCUCUUGUGAAAUCGAUGAUGAUGCUCUGAAUGUUAUUUCUAUUGCCAUUGUGGAUUAGCUUCUGCCCCUCAAAUGCUAUUGGCAAGUUGCAUCCCUUAACUCCGUGGAUGAGCAGAAUUAUCAUGAGUAGUAUACAACCUAAGAUGUCUGAUUGUAUACAACCUGCACCUCGAAAUUGAUAUGUUCCAGGCUGUGUCUUUGAUUGAAAAGGAUUCUUCACUAUAAACUCUUCUAUCUGUGAUAAGUGCAACUAGAAGAAUUUGUCACAUCUAAAAUUCUGUAAUCCCUAAUAGCUGAAACUUGAGCAUUACAAAGUUUCAUUUCUGUGGGACACUACUAUCUAGAGCUUUGCUCCACUCUCAAUUUCUUUAGAAUUACAGAGAUCCCGUGGCAAUGCUUUAGAGAACUAUCUGAUCUGUUUCAGAAUGUGAGAUCAAUUGAGAUCCAGUGGCAAUGCUUUUGAGAUCUUGCUAUGUGUAACUAUUUUAUUCUACGAACCUCCCUUCUGAAUCAUGCACAGUGCAUGUUACUAUGGCAAUGAAUUUUAUCUAUGCACAGUGCCUGUUUAUAAGAAGUAUUGAUGCUUGUGUUUGAAUGGCUGAGUAGCGAACUAUAUCAUGAAAGUAUGGAAUGGCUGAGUAGUGCAUAUUCAGGCUCUCGCCAUCUAGUAUGUGAAGAGUAAUGUAACCAAUGAAAUGUGACAUAUGCAUCUGAAUUAGAUUGGUUUAAGUUUUUUACCUGAAUGCCCACAACCAAAUGUGCAUGAAUAUUUAGAAUGAGACACCAAUUGAAGAUGAACAUGUUCGUUGUUACAUAGUUGCUUCUUUCUCUUCAUGUAUUAUUAUGUGCUCCCUAAUGAUUUGGUUUUGCUUCCAUAUGAUUUGCUUCUACAUUCUGUUCCUAUGUAAUCUGAUCUGCAAUGAUUUAGUUUUUGGUUGCAUAUAGUUAAUCCGCUUCCAUGCUCUAUUCAUGUAUAAUUUUCCUGUUGUUCUUGCUAUUGUAUGUGUUCGCCUUCCAGGGACAACAUAUAUGGACAACAUAUAUAUGCUCAAUACACUACUUGUUUUCCUGUAUAGUUUUCUUACUGUUUUUCCUUUAUGUUCACUC